AUGUCAGAGACGGCUCAGCACCCCCAGGCCACUGGCGCCAGUUGGUCCUCGUUCCUCAAGUCUAUCGCUUCAUUCAAUGGCGACCUCUCUUCCCUGACUGCCCCGCCCUUCAUCCUCUCGUCCACAAGUCUUACCGAGUUCAGCUCGUACUGGUGCGAGCAUCCCGGCGUCUUCACUGCGCCGGCCAAGGAGCAAGACCCGGCCAAGAGGGCCCUGCUCGUGCUUCAGUGGUUCCUGACCACCCUGAAACAACAAUACGCCAGUCGGAGCGAGCAAUAUGGCAACGAGAAGAAGCCGCUGAACCCCUUCUUGGGCGAGCUGUUCCUGGGUAAAUGGGAGGACGAUGCGGGCACAACCGUGUUGAUGAGUGAGCAGGUCAGCCACCACCCACCCGCGACCGCUUACAGCAUCCUUAACGAACCUACCGGUGUCCAUUUGCAAGGCUACAACGCACAGAAGGCUAGCUUCUUCAAGACCAUCAAUAUCAAACAGAUCGGCCACGCCUUGCUCACCGUCCCGGUCCCAUCGAAAGCGGGCGAAAAGGAAACGUUUGUCAUCACACUACCCUCGCUUCACGUGGAGGGCCUCAUAUUCGGCUCGCCAUUCAUCGAGCUUGAUGGUGCGUCGUACAUUACAUCGUCAUCAGGCUACACCGCCAAGAUCGACUAUGCGGGCAAGGGCUGGGUGAGCGGCAAGAAGAACUCGUUUGUAGCAAGCCUGUACCCGACCGGAAAGGAGAAGGAUGUGCUUUACAACUGCUCCGGCCAGUGGACCAAGGCAUUUGAGAUCCACAGCGGUUCUGCCAAGCACAACUCGUCCAAAACCCUCCUCGCCACUUGGGACCCCGCCGUCACACACACGAGCAAGCUCAGCGUUCUGCCCUUGGAGAAGCAACACCCGCUUGAGUCGCGACGCGCCUGGGCCGGGGUGGCAUCUGGCAUCUCUAAAGGCGACAUGGAUUUCGUGGGCAGAGAGAAGGCCAAGAUUGAGCAGGCACAACGCACAAUGCGGAAGAAGGAGCAGUCGGAGGGCCGCGAUUGGUAUCGCAUGUACUUCACCGCGCGACCUGACCCGGUCUUUGAGUCCCUCGCCCAUCACGUCGGGCUAAGUCCAGACGGGGACAAAGAGAAGACCGGGGGUUUGUGGCGAUUCGAUUCUGCCAAGGCCGACAAGGUUAAGACGCUGGACUUGAGUGACGAGCAGAAGGCUCAGUUGGCUAAGGAGUUGCUUGGCCAGUAG